ACUCAGUAUCAACCCGGAAUCUGGAAUUUGUGCGAUAUGGCACCUGGCUUCCCCUCUUCAUCUUGGAAACAAAACACACACGGGGGAAAGUGGAUGCACCAGUUGCUGACCGUUCACCAUGAACAUACCAAGCAUGCCAAAGAAUUAUUAGUCAUAGGAAGGGAGGAUAUCAAUUGCACUGAUGUAGAGAAUCUAUUGAUUCUAAAGUAUUACGACAAAGCUGGCAAAACAUAAUGAUCAUAAUUAUUUUAUGUAAUUGCAUCUGGGGUGUAGCCAAGUCGCCUUUCUACAAUCAGUAACGCUAACGUUAUGUGUGAGAAUGAUAUACUCUAACGAUAGACAUAUAUCGUUACAAUAUGUCAUUCCCAUACUUUUUUUUUUUAAGUAUUUACAACUGUAGAAAAGCUAAUUGCCUGUUUAGGCUAUUGCAGCUUAAAUACCUAUUAGUACUAAUUAAAACCGCAUUAAAAAUGUAAUAUUAUUAAUUUACAAAUGUAAACAAUUACUGCACGCGCUAAUUAAGUAAGGAUCGACAAAUGAUGCCAAAAUUUAAAGAAAAUCAUAAAAUACCAGUUUGUCGGCGCGGUAGCGUUGCGAUUAUUGACUCACGGGCGUUUUACGACGACAUGUCAGCGUCGGUUGAAUCAAAUCGUAAAACCGUACGCGAUUUCAUAAUGCAAGUAACUAGGACAAUAUGUGGAUUUCUGUUCACGUCUAUGCAUACAGUUGAUAGGAUAAUGUUCGUGUGAUCUUGGUAUUUGAAUUCUGUAAAAAUGUACCAAGUCAUUGGCAAUGAGUCAUCGACGUAUCCCUAAUGUCUACUUUAUGUCACAUAAACAUGUACCAUCUCGACAGGACGUUUCAAUCUAACAUUAACGAUCAUUAAGACAAAUAGAACGAUUACACUUAAUUUCAAAAGUUUCGUGCACAAAGCGCGAACUCAAUUCUUCCAUUCCGAGAAGAGGCGGCCGCAUCCCGAUUCCCGACAUAGAAAACGGAAAACGAAUGCAACGUCCGCGCCCCCUAGCGGCAGACAGAUAUAGACGGGCUUCCCCGAACUAUAUUACAUGUACCUUAAAAUACGAAAACGGUGACUACGUGUUAAGUGGAAGAAACAAACGAACACGCCUUCCUGAAAGCCGUCCUCUUUUGCUCCCGCUACUAUAAAUAUGAUGCUGAAAUGUGUUCGCUUCAGUUGUUCGCUAAAGCUCGAGGAGAGCACCGUGCCAAAUCUCGCGCCUCCCUAGUGACAACGUGAUUACAAUCUCGUAUACACCAUAACAUUAUCCCGUUGCGAGUUUGCAAAUUGUAUAUUAUCUGAGGAUAUCGUUCAGUGUUUGUUCUGUGUUGAACUUUAACGUGAUCAAUAUGUUGGACAAAUCAAUCAUCGGCGGUAGUUGGGAAAGCGUGGUGUCGAGAGACGACUACGAGGUCGACUACAGCUCGAGCCCUCGAGGCUCACCACUAAAGGACACGUCCAACAUCCAGGACGACCCGGCUUACUGCAUCAGUCGUCACAACCCCAACAAGACCUUCCGUCGGGAGUCAGUCAUCGCGUCCUGGAAGAGCCUGAAGAAAGAACGGGAGCAGGCUCUGGGGAAAAGGAUUAUUUACGUUGACGCUGAAACUUACCAAGACUACUAUGGAAGGAACCAGGUCAAAAGAUGCAAGAGUGAUAGGACCACUAAUGUUCCUAAGGUUCCUAAGAAAGUAAAGAGGACCUACUCAGUCCUCUACAGAUACGAUCCCAAUGAAGAGAAGGUGGUCAAGGAAUACAAAUACCAGUUGGGCGCAGAGCCUGAUCUGAUCCAGUCACCGAUGCAGAAGUCUUACUCCGAGCCCUUCCUGAGGGCGGAGGGUGCGCCCAAGAAGAAGGUGAAGAGGUCCUUCACCACCCUCCUGAGCAUCAAGACGAAAUUCUUGAACAUUUUCUCGUCCAAGAGUUAAAUUCACUUUCGGACUUUUGGAGGAUAAGUUGCUCAAUUUAAUGCAUUUUUUUUUAAUUGGCUACAAUUUAUGAUGGAAUCAAAAUUGUAAAUGCCAUAAUAUCUAGUCAAAAUUUUAUGUGCAGUUCUAAAGAAGAACCUGAUUUGGUUAUUACUAGAUUUGUGAAUUGCAAAACAUAAAAAAGCAAUCAAUAUAUAAUAAAAAAAUAUUCAGACAUAAUAUUUUAUAUCGUAAAAAUUUUGAUUAGAAAUAGAUGUUAGAGUUUUUUAUCAUCGUACCAAAUGUAUUUAUAAGUUAAGCUUAAAUUUUGUGAUAUUUCAGUGUGUUGUGAUAGAGUUUAUAUGUUAUAUUUGGGCUCGUAAUUGUAUGAAAAUACAAUUAACAGAGACGUUAUCUCUCAUAUUCAAUUAUUAUGUAUCAAUUAUUGAAAGUAAUUACGUACAUUUAUUAAUUAAAUGUAACUUUAAUUAUGAUAAUAAUGAGACAAUUGCAACUUUAAUGCAAUUAACUCAAUGACAAUGUUAUUCUUUAUAUUUGUUUCAAAUAUUAAUGUAAUUACUUAUGUCUACUUACAUUUUAUAAAAUUACUGAUGUUACUUUACAUUUUUUUAGGAAAAUGUAGAUGAUAACCGUAAUUACUUUUCAAUAUUUUAAAAAAAUAAUCAUUUAUAUUCUUUAUGUUUGCUUUUUGUAAAUGUAAAUGCAAUUAAUAUCAAAUAACAAAGAUACUUUAAUGUUUAAGAAAAUUAUUUAUAUUUCUCGAUAAUUGAGUAAGUAUAAUUUUAAUUUUCGUAUUUUAUAACAUUUUUAAAAUGCAUUGUAAUGCUUUACAUUUAAAUGAAUGUAAUGACAUUCACUCAUAAUAAUUUUACUUUAAAAUUUAGAGCUAUGGCAGUUACAAAAUAUUUCUGUACAUUAUAUGUUUAAUAUACAUGAAGUAGUAAAAGUAACUUGAACGAAGCUUAUUGUAUUGGCAAUAUUUAGCCAAAAGUGUGUAAUGUUUGCAUUAUAUUACUUUAUAUUUAUAUGUAAGUAAAUAUAAAUGUAGGUUUUUGCUUAGAAAAUAUGUUUUAACAAUUUGUAUUUCAGUAUAUUUUUUUAAUAAAAUAACAUUGAUUUUAGUUAUUAAUCUAUCACUUAGAUUAUUUUAAGUGCAUCCCCUUUUAUACAAUUAAUACAUUUAAAUGUAAUAACAGACCCUAACAGAAUUAAGUUAUUCUGAAAACAAAGUUUUAGCAGUACAAUUAAUAAUUUAUGUACGUAAUUUUAUGUACACAAAUACAUGUUAAAUUAUAUGAACGAUAUUUCAUACUAAUUAAGUAGAACAUAUUUUCAAUGUAUCAAUAUCAUUAGCAAAACACAACACACUUAUAAAUACAAUAUUCAUAGACAAGUAUAAGUAUUAUAUAAAUGAUUAUCAUUCCUUUAAGUAAGAUAUUGAAAUACUUACAAUUUUAUUUUAAGUAUAAUAUUUUAAACAGUAUUUUAUUUUUAUAAUGCCACUGUUUAGUAUCUAACAUUCUUUUUACAUAAAGACAUAACAAUUAUUGUUAUAAUAAAAUAAUAAUAGCAAAUUGCAGGCUCUUCAAUAAUACAUAAGUCGCAAACAAGCUACAUACCUAGGAGCCACAUUGUGAUAUUGAACAGAAGUAUGUAAUUUACACUAAGUUACAAUAAAUAAUAAAAACAGACAAAAUACCAUCUUAUACACAAUCACAAUUAAACAAAAUGAAGCCAUUUCUAACAUUAAACGGUGGCAAAAUCUAAUAUACGAUACUAUAAUAUUACUGUAAUUAAUUAGUAUUUUUGCACAUAUCAACAAUUUUAGACUAUUUAACCGUAAUAUAGCAAUUAGAAUAUGACAUAAUGUUAGUUAAUCACUGGACAGUGUUUAUAUAAUUAUAGACAAUAAACUAAGUUUCAAAUUA